AUGCCCUAUUUCAGCCGGGCGGGAUAUGAUUGCUUUGCCAUCUCGCAGCGCUGCCAGGGCGGCAGCGACCGGCCCGCAGGUGUCAAGGUAGCCGGCACAUUAGACUCCCUGACAUCAGACCUGGAAAGCUUCGUGGGAUCCCUGCCUGCGCCGCCCAUCGUCAUCGCUCACAGCUUUGCCGGCCUCAUCCUGCAAAAGUAUCUGCUGACGUCAGCGCUGCCGCCGCUGGCGGGCGCCGCCUUCCUGUGCAGCGUGCCGCCCUCUGGCAACAAGGAGCUCGUGGGGCGCUUCAUGAAGCGCGACCUGAUGCUGUCCAUGCGCAUCACGUGGGCGUUUGUGGCAAAGUCUUUUGCGACGAGCCUGGACGCCUGCCGGGAGGCCUUCUUCUCGCCCGAGCUGCCAGAGGCCGACCUCAAGAGGUACCAGGCCCAGCUGGCGGCAGGCAGCCCUGUGCGCCUCCUCGACCUGCAAGACAUGAACAAGCAGGUACCGCUCCCCCGGCCGCCGCCGCCGGCGAACGGCGCCGCGCCAUUGCCAAGAUUUGUUCUGGGCGGGGAGGGCGACAACGUGGUGGACAUCGAGGCUGUCCAGGAGCUUGCGCAGUACUGCGGGGUGCAGCCGGUGGUGGUCUCGGGCCUGGCGCAUGACUGCAUGCUCGACGUCAGAUGGGAGGAAGCUGCGCGGCAGCUGCGCGCCUGGGCAGACGCCGCCGCCGCGUGA